AGGAGGACGGGCUCUGGCCACGCAGCUCCAGCGUUUGCCGGGUUCCAUGUCUCACUUCAGGGCUCGUCGGGAAGAACGGACACUGACAUCCUCAGUGGGGGUGAAUGAGGGAGCAGGCUUUGGGGUGCCAAGUCAGGAAGGGGGGAUUUAGUCUCUGGAGCAAAUGAAGAGACGAUUCCUCUUUGCAACCGACUGUUUCGGGGAGGAUUUUCCAGGAUGGAGCAGCGAGGCGGGGAAAGGAAGGAGGAAGAGCUGGAGGCUCCGGCAGCCAGGAAGAGCCCAGGCUCUGCAGGAGGGUGGGCAUGGGGAGUGGUGUUUCACUUCUUCCUGGUCAACGUCCUGGUGAUGGGGAUGCUCAAGACCUUUGGGAUUUUCUUCGUGGCUUUCCAAGAGGAGGUGGGGGGUUCCUCGGAGCAGGUCAGCUGGAUCGGCUCCAUCAUGUCCUCCCUGCGCUUCUUAGGAGCCCCGCUCGUGGCCGUGGUCUGCAGGAAGUUGGGCGAGCGGCCGACCUCCAUCAUCGGGGCCGGCCUGGUGGGAGGGGGCUGCCUGCUGAGCACACAGGCCACCAGCGUCCCCUUCCUCUGCGUCUCCAUGGGACUCCUCCUGGGUUUGGGGUUCGCCUGCCUGUACCAGGCGGCGGCGGUGAUGACGGCCAAGCGUUGCAGGACACGGUUGGCCUUCUCCAACGCCAUCGCCCGCUCCGGGAUGGGGCUGACCUUCCUCAUCGCCCCCUUCACUCAGCUCCUCCUCGAUUUUUACGGUUGGCAAGGUACUCUGCUGAUUUUUGGAGGCAUCAUGUUAAACCUCGUGCCUUCCAGCAUGCUCCUGCGACCCGACAGCCCCCGGCCACCCCGACGUUCCUCUGUGGAAAAUCAAGAACAUGGGUCUUUGAUGGCAAAGGAGGACUCAGAACCACCUGGUGGAUGCUUGGAUGGAGCUACUCAGAGGGAAAUACAGCUCCGUGGUGCACAGGACCUUCCCACCACGGAGGGAGUCACGAUUCCCCACGGCAGAGAUGUGUCUGCUCCAGUAAAUCCACUGGAUUUGGAAGGGUUUGAGAAACCCCCCGUGGAGAGCUGCUCACCAGAAACAGCCGUUGAGGCCAAGAGAAGCCACAAAUCCCUUCCACCGACCGAGAAGGAAACCCCACAGCCUCUCCUCGACUUCUCCCCGCUGAAGGAUCCCGUCUUCGGCAUUUUCACCUGGUCCUUCUUGUUCAGCCACUUGGCCUAUUUCGUGCCCAUGUUCCACCUGGUGGCAAGAGCCAGGACGUUGGGCAUCAGCAGCAUGGAUGCCUCCUACCUCAUCGCAGUGGCUGGCAUCACGGAGACAGUCAGCCAGCUGCUCUCGGGCUGGGUCGCCGACCAGAACUGGACCAAAAAGUAUCACUACCACGUGGCUUACCUUGUCCUGGGCGGUGUCACCAACCUGCUCUGUCCUCUGGCCACCACCUUCCCCUUACUCAUGACCUACGCCGUGGCCUUCGCUGUUUUCUGCGGUGGGUUCAUGGCUCUGGUCCUCCCUGUGCUGGUAGAUCUGGUGGGAGUUCAAAAUCUCCACAGCUACUUGGGGUUCGCUGCCUUCUUUGCUGGGAUAGCAGCCGUCGGCGGACCCCCUCUGGCAGGGUGGCUCUAUGACUACACCCAGACAUAUGUCUGCUCUUUCCUCUUCGCUGGAGCCUGCGCUCUCCUCUCACCUCUUUCUUUCUUCUUUGAACCUUGGGCCCAGAAAUGGAAGCUAAAAAAAGCCAACCCCACCAAGGGCCCCACGUUUGGCUGAAGCCAUUUCUGCCGGGGAGGUUUGAAAGGAUGGGCUUUGAUGGCAUCUCCCAGCGGAAGGCGAUCGCUGCCCCAGACCUUCUGUACCGAGGAAUAGAAACGAAAUGCAGCAAAAAUGAAAAAAAAACAGGAUUUUUUUUUUUUUAGAUGCUGCAUUCCCAGUUUGGCUAGUUAGAUAUUUCUCCUGCACGUGUGA